AUGGAUCGUUCAAUGGGUAGUGAGGAUGGAAGUGGAAAGUUUGACGUGAAGGUGACUGUGGGUGAUAAGGAACCAAUACGCGAAGAGGCCACGGAGGUCAAGCUGGAGAAUGAUGGGCUGCUAGCUGCGGACGUAGCAGAUGAGAAGAAGAAGCUGGACGCGAUGACUCCAGUACCGGUGAAUCAAAUCUCAGAAUACUCUUCUGCUUCUAUGGAAGUGGAGGUUUCUGAGAUUGAAUCAGAUGAAGCGAUGGGUGCUGCGAGAGUUCCAGCAACCGAGUCGACAACUGGUAAAGACGACGUGCCUGAGAGUGGGGAGAACGAAAAAUCUGCAGUUAUAGAAGGAGCGACAAACAUGGAACCAGAGGAAGACAACAGUUCCAGACCGACGGAAGUUUUGCAUCAAUCUACAGACCCUGCUCCGAUUGUGGCGUUCACGAACAAACCUUCAUCACGCACAGAAGACUCAGCUAUGCUCUCAGACGCAGUAACUAAUGAAGCUAUGCAAACAUCGCGACCCGGACAUUUGAGUCAAGGCGGCAAUCCGUUAGUACUGGUAGCGCUAGCAGGUAUAUGCUGCAUAUUUCUCUUUGUCUGGGGACGGAAGAGGCGUUUAAGUGCAUUCUCUAGCUCUGGUGUGCCUGGACGAAGGGGGAACAAGGGAAUGAAAAUGCACUACACGCAAGUACCACAUGAGCAACCUUUUAGCCGCGGUCAUGAAGACGACGAUGAGUACUGCGAUGAUUUUGAAGAGGACACUUUCGUGAAUGACCGGGACGGUUGGGAUGACUGGGAAAGUAAUUCAACGCAAACGCAACUGAAUCCGUUCGCUUCAGCACCGAGUACUCCACGCCGCUCGAUAGCAGAGCCGGUUAGUGACAUCCGUCCAUUCACGCUCAAUCAACUUCUGUCUCCUCCGCGUCAGCAGCACGUACCGAAAGUCCGGGAGAGUGCUAUUGCGGACAUAAGUGACUCGCCACUUGAAAGUGUCGAAUCUAACAGCUCGAGUGACUCAUUUGAGGUCGUAAUGGAGGAGGAGCACAUGGCACCAGCUAGCAGCCGCAGUUCUGCCGCUAGCACCGAAAGGGAAAGUAAGAGUGCCCCCGAUGACCUUUUCAGUCAAUUUAAUAUGGUACCGACAUUCCAAAAGACUGCAGCAGUUGGACCGCUGCCUGCCGAUACUAGUGCUGCCCUUGUUUUUCAAUCUGGAACAGCAGCAGGUAUAACUUCAAUGUCGUCGCUGCCGACUGCAGCCGAGGCGUCUGCAUUGUUCGCGGCUGAGAUGGAUGAUGAAGUAAUUACUGUGGGCGCGUCCGACGAGUGGGGUGAAGAUGAUGGGUGGGCAAAAGGCAUUUGA